ACUGGGCUAAUACCCUCCUCCGCUGCCCAUCCGCGAUCCGCCUCAUCCACGCAAACGCCGAAACAGAACAGGACCAGGAAAGGAAAACGCGCCCUGGAGAAUUCCGGCGUCCUCUUCCUGCAAGCCCUAGAAGAAGCCAUGGUCCGUGGAGGCCGCCGGUGACCGCGGCGCCGAUAUAGCAAAGAGGUCCGCGGGGGAGGCGAGGCGCGGCAAAAUGUCGGUGCGGAUAAAGGCGGUGGUGGACAGGUUCGUGAAGGAGCUCAAGGAGGCGCUGGACGCGGACAUCCAGGACCGCGUCAUGAAGGAGCGCGAGAUGCAGAGCUACAUCGAGGAGCGCGAGCGCGAGGUAGCCGAGCGGGAGGCCGCGUGGAAGGCCGAGCUCUCCCGCCGCGAGGCUGAAAUUGCACGCCAAGAGGCAAGACUGAAAAUUGAAAGGGAGAAUCUAGAGAAAGAAAAGAGUGUCCUAAUGGGAACUGCUUCGAACCAGGAUAACCAAGAUGGCGCCCUUGAGAUCACGGUCAGCGGCGAGAAGUAUAGGUGCCUCCGCUUCUCCAAGGCGAAGAAGUGAGGUAUAUGAGCUAGGGCACCACUAAUCAGGCAGAUGCCCGUCGGUAAUCCACCGUCAGCAAAUUUUAGGCCUCGCGUCUUAUUCAAAUCAGAGCAGCAAAAAGAAAUGCCCCAAGCGUCCUCCCAAGGCCCCAACCAAGUAAAGGAAUCUCUUUUCCAUCUGUUUGUUAGGCACUAGUCAUUUAGUCACUGCUGCCUCCCUCCUGUUGCUAAAAUAAUUGGGCGAUUGAACUGAACGCCACAUGAGAUGAUGCCGGCCUGCCGGUCGAUCAGAGUGUCCAGGGCUGCAAUGACAUCAAAGGUUGUCCAGUUAAUCACCAGUACUUCAUCACAAGACAGGAGCCAUGUUACCUUGAUUGCCAGUGUCCAUUCAUUUUGACAAACAAGUAGGAAGGUUCCCUAUUCUUUUGUGUUUCCUUUAGAAAACUUGAGGUGUCCAUGUUCUUCCAAACUGAUAAAUCUUGAGUUUCAAACCGAAUACAAAACAGGCUACGCUUUUGUUUACUCUA